CCUGGAAGCCUUAAAUUGACUUGGCCCGGGACCCCCAAACGAGCCCGUUCCCCUCAAAGUCCCGGGACCCCCAAAAUGGGGAGAGCCGGGACCCCCGAUAUGGGGGGAACCCAAAGCCCCAGGACCCCUGGGACCCCUGAAAUGGGGAGGGCUGGGACCCCCAGGAGCCCAGACAUGGGGGGGGGGAGGACCCCUGGGACCCCCGAAUUGGGGAGAGCAACGACCCCCGGGACCCCCAAUAUGGGGGAGAACCAGAGCCCCAAGACCCCCGGGACCCCCAAAAUGGGGAGGUUUGGGACCCCCAUUAGCCCUGAUUUGGGGGGUAUAAGGACCCCUGGGACCCCCAAAAUGGGGAGAGCCAGGACCCCUGAUAUGGGGGGGAUCCAGAGCCCCACAACACCUGGGACCCCCGAAUUGGGGAGGGCUGGGACCCCCAGGAGCCCUGAUUUGGGGGGUAUGAGGACCCCUGGGACCCCUGAAUUGGGGAGAGCAACGACCCCCGGGACCCCCAAAAUGGGGAGAGCCAGGACCCCCGAUAUGGGGGGAACCCAAAGCCCCAGGACCCCCGGGACCCCCGAAAUGGGGAGGGCUGGGACCCCCAGGACCCCCGGGACCCCUGAAAUGGGGAGGGCAUGGACCCCCAAGAGCCCUGAUUUGGGGAGGGUGGGGACCCUUGGGACCCCCGAAUUGGGGAGGGCCAGAAGCUCUGAUGUGGGGGGAACCCAAAGCCCCAGGACCCCCGGGACCCCCGAAAUGGGGAGAGUUGGGACCCCCAGGAGCCCCGAUUUGGGGGGGACAAGGAGCCCUGGGACCCCUGGGACCCCUGAAAUGGGGAGAGUAAAGAACCCAGGGACCCCCAAAAUGGGGAGAGCCGGGACCCCCGAUAUGGGGGGGAACCAGAGCCCCAGGACCCCCGGGACCCCCGAGAUGGGGAGAGUUGGGACCCCCAGGAGCCCAGACAUGGGGGGGACAAGGACCCCUGGGACCCCCGGGACCCCCGAAAUGGGGAGAGCCAGGACCCCCGAUAUGGGGGGAACUCAAAGCCCCAGGACCCCUGGGACCCCCGAAUUGGGGAGGGCUGGGACCCCCAGGAUCCCAGACAUGGGGGGGACGAGGACCCCCGGGACCCCCGAAUUGGGGAGAGCAAAGACCCCCAGGACCCCUGGGACCCUUGAGCUGAGCCCCCGCGCUGGCACCCGGGGAUGGGGCCCCGCCCUCCCACUUCCGCCCUCGCCCCGCCCCUCGAACGCCAUUGGUCCGGCGGUUCGGCCCCGCCCCUCCCCCCUGCGCCCCCGAUUGGAUCCUUGGAGCUGCGUCACUUCCGGUGCUCGCCAGGCCCCGCCUCCUCCUGAACCUUCGGCUCCCUCACGUGACCCCUUCGCCGACCAAUGAACGACGGGGCAAGACGGAAGUCCCGCCUCCUGCACUGGACCAAAGCGGAAGUUCCGCUCUCAUCUAUAUCAGGGAAAAAACCGGAAGUUCCGCCCUCAAGGGGAGCGGGCCGUGUGCACUGAAGCCUUAACCCCGCCCCUAAAGUGGGCGUGGCCACAAACGAGCCAAUAAAAACACACCGCUCCUCCAA